GAGAAGAUAAUCUCCCAAAUGUCAUCGUCAACCUUUAGGUAAAACUGUGUCUAGAUUUGGGAGAUUGAAGUAUGGGCAGAUUCAGUGUGAUGAAUCAUUUGGUGAUAUUCUCUGUGUUCUUGAGCUCAGUGUUGGUAUAUAGAGGAGAUGCUGGGAUUACAAGUAGUUUUAUUCGAUCCGAAUGGCCCGCGGUUGAUAUUCCACUUGACCAUCAUGUUUUCAAAGUCCCAAAGGGGUAUAAUGCUCCACAACAAGUGCAUAUAACUCAAGGUGAUUAUGAUGGUAAAGCUGUUAUCAUCUCAUGGGUUACACCAGAUGAACCUGGUUCUAGCAAAGUAUAUUACGGCGCGGUGCAGGGGAAAUAUGAGUUUGUUGCUGAAGGAACAUACCAUAACUACACAUUUUACAAAUAUAAGUCUGGGUUUAUUCAUCACUGCCUUGUCUCUGGCCUUGAGCAUGAUACAAAAUACUAUUACAAGAUCGAAAGUGGUGAAUCUUCUCGUGAGUUUUGGUUUGUUACACCACCAGAGGUACAUCCAGAUGCUUCCUACAAGUUUGGUAUUAUAGGCGAUAUGGGCCAAACAUUCAACUCGUUAUCCACACUGGAACACUACAUGCAGAGUGGAGCUCAAGCUGUCUUAUUUCUAGGAGAUCUCUCUUAUGCUGACAGAUAUGAGUAUAAUGACGUUGGUGUGAGAUGGGAUAGCUGGGGUCGUUUUGUGGAGCCUAGUACCGCUUAUCAACCGUGGCUCUGGUCUGCAGGAAAUCACGAAGUAGAUUACAUGCCAUACAUGGGGGAAGUGACACCUUUCAGGAAUUACCUUCAGCGUUACACUACGCCUUACUUAGCCUCAAAAAGUAGCAGUCCUCUUUGGUACGCUGUUAGGCGUGCAUCCGCUCAUAUCAUUGUCCUCUCCAGCUAUUCGCCUUUUGUGAAAUAUACCCCACAAUGGCACUGGCUUAGUGAAGAGCUUAAAAGAGUUGACAGGGAAAAAACUCCUUGGCUAAUUGUUCUGAUGCACGUCCCAAUAUACAACAGUAAUGAAGCACACUUCAUGGAGGGUGAAAGCAUGCGAGCAGUUUUUGAGGAGUGGUUUGUCAAACACAAAGUGGAUGUAAUCUUUGCUGGCCAUGUUCAUGCCUACGAGAGAUCGUACCGAAUAUCAAAUGUGCGGUAUAAUGUGUCAAGCGGAGAUCGUUUCCCAGUUCCAGAUAAGUCAGCUCCUGUUUAUAUCACAGUUGGAGACGGAGGAAAUCAAGAAGGUCUGGCUGGAAGGUUUAGGGAACCACAGCCAGAUUAUUCUGCAUUUCGAGAAGCUAGCUACGGCCACUCUACUCUGGAUAUAAAGAACCGAACACAUGCGAUAUACCACUGGAACCGCAAUGAUGAUGGGAAGAAAGUAGCAACAGAUGAAUUUGUGUUACACAACCAGUACUGGGGAAAGAACAUUCGACGGAGAAAGCUUAAGAAGCAUUAUAUCAAGAGUGUUGUGGCUGGUGGCUGGAUUGCCACUUGAUUCACUAAGUCUGCCUCAUGCUUUCUAUUAAAGUGUGUGAGGAUAUUCUUUAACUCAAAACUUAUUACUUAUAUGCUUAUUAUUUGAUGUUAAAUUUCUUUCCCGCUUAAGUUUUCUGCCAUCUGAAAUAUGAUGGAAUUAUGUAUUCUUAUCAGUCUUUUAAUGAUGUGAGGUCUACUUCUGAGAUUUUGGAUUUUGUGAAUAAUGUAUUCCUUAUAAC